GUUUUGGGCCGCUGCUGCCAUCGCUGGCGCAGACCGUUUUCACGAAUAUAUUUUUUAUUUUGCGAAAGAAAAGUGCAGGGAAAUUGCGCGAUUCGUGGUCAGAAAAGGUGUUUGCAACGGUGACAGGUGCAAGAGACCGAUAAACGUGAUAGCAGAGAGUCAAGAAACAAGUUUAAACAGGGGAAAAGCAACCGCAUCCCCGGUCAUCACACAUACACACGGCCAAAGAGACGCUGCGAAGGAGUGUGUGUGCGCCCAUAGACAAUCGACUUGCGUGGUGCCGGGUUACAUAUAUUUUUAUUGGACUUUUUACGGAAUUUCGUGCUCCUAAAAAACAAAUGUGCCUGGCCUAAAAGUUGUGCCACAAAUUGGCGGCAGUGCAUCCAUAAUUCCCGCAGGAGACUCACAGCGAUAAGGCAUCCAAAAUGAUGUUCACGGGCACCAACCAGCAGCAGGACACCCGCUUCAGCGACAAGGAGAAGAAGCUAAUGAAGCAAAUGAAGUUUGGGGAUUGCCUGAACAAAAGGGUGGAUAUGUCCAAAGUAAAACUGGAUGUACUGCGUCCCUGGAUCAGCAAGAAGAUCACCGACAUUUUGCACAUCGAGGACGACGUCGUGGUGGAGUUUGUCUACAAUCAGCUGGAGGAGGAGAAGUAUCCAUGUCCCAAGAAGAUGCAGAUCAACAUGACUGGUUUUCUUAAUGGCCGAAAUGCCCGCCAGUUUAUGGGUGAAUUGUGGGCGCUGCUUUUGUCCGCCCAGGAAAGCGACUCGGGCAUUCCGGCAGAGUUUAUUCAGCAGAAGAAGGACGAGAUACUCAAGCGGGAGGAAGAGCAGCGGCAGCGGGACCGCUCGCGAUCCCAUUCUCGUUCCCGCUCCCAGCGCGCCAGCUCGCGGAGGGAUCGUCAGCGUGACCGCUCCAAAUCCAAGUCCCGCUCAACAUCAAGAUCUCCAAAACUGGCCAAUAACAACGGUUCAGUGCCCAGUGCCGCUCGAGAAGCGGCCGCCAAUGCCGCGGCUCGAAUCCGCAAGCGUGGAGGCUCCUCCUCGGCCGCACGUCCUGCCUCCCGGGAGCGACGCACCAGCCGGCGGCCACGCUCGCGUUCUCCCCAGCGUUCCCACUCAAGAGGCUCUGGGAAGAAGGCUUCAGGCUCUGUAGAGCCCGCACCCGCCAAGACUGUCAACGGCCGCCACUCGGUGGACAAGUCGCCUCCGCCGGCGGCUAAGGGCAAAUCGCGGUCGCGAUCCCGGUCGCAUCGAAGCCGCUCCCGUUCGGCCAGCCCAAAAAGAUCGCGAUCCCGCAGCUCCUCACGUCGCAGUCGCCGGCGAGGACGCUCCAGCAGCAUCUCCUUGUCGCCGGAACGCAAUCAGGACCACUUUGAGCAUCGGAGGAACAAGAACAGUGUGCAGAACAAGCGGCAGUACCGCAACAAUCGCGGUGAUUCGGUCAGCUCAAUGGAGCGUGGCAACGACCGGGGCAGACAAUUUGGCGGCGGUGGAGGAGGAGGCGGUCGGCGGGGUGGUCGUCGGUUUUCGCCACGAGGACGCAGCCCAAUGCGACAGGACAAUGGCGGAGGCGGCGGCAACCGCUUCCAGCGUUCCAAUUCGCGUCGCAGGUCGAGAUCUCGACGUCUAUCCCGCUCGCCCAUGCGAUAUUCUCGCUCCCCAAGACGCUUCAACAAUCGUCGCCGUUCGCCCAUGAUGAACUUUAGAGGCGGGGGUCGUGGUGGUGGACGAGGCGGCGGAGGGCAUCGGCAGAUGUGGCAGCAUCGUGGCGGAUCGCCCAACUUCCGCGGUGGCGGCCGCAUCCACUGGCAGGCCAGGCACAGUCCUGGCGGCGGUGGACGUGGUGGCGGCGGUGGUGGCAUGGGUCGCUUCGACAGACGCCAAUCGCCGCAGCAGAAUCGCUAUAACCGCGACCACCGCCAAUCGCCGAUGCAACAGAACCAGCCGUUCCGCAAGCAAUUCUCACCACAUCCGGGACCGGGACGACGCUUCAACUCGCCGCAGCAGAGGCGAAACUCGCGGGAUAGACGACCAAACUCGAGGGAGAGGCGAAGUUCGCCGGGCGGCGGUCACAUGAAUCGGUGGGACAACCCACCGCCUGUCAGAAACCGGCGUUCGUCGUCUGGCAGCUCGGCUGGUGGCCGUCAGCAGCGACAGCGCAGCCCUAGUCCGCCGGAGAAGCGCGGACGCAGCCGCAGUCGCAGCCAGAGUCGCCAGCGAAGCCGCAGUCGCUCCAGCUCGCGGCGCAGUCGCAAGCGGGACAGUCCAGUUGGGCGCUCCUCGGUUGAGUACACUGGUCCGGCAGUCAACACCAUCGAUCUCUGUCGUGAGGAGCAGCAGCGUAAGGCCAAGCCGGAAACUAUUAUUGUGCUGGACGAGGCUCCAGUGGUGCGCAGUGGCUUCGCCAGUCUGUCGCGCACGCCCUCUCCGUUCCUUAAGCCCCACGAACGACAAGCCGCAAAGGCAGCAGCGGCGGCGGCACCAAAGAAAACCCGCGAUCAGAGCCAGAGCAGCAGCUCCGACAGCAGCGCGGACAGCGAUGAUAGCGAGGAUCAGCCGCGCCGCAAGAAGCAGCAACCCAAUGUGGAGCCGAAUAAGGGCAAGUCGAAGGAGAAGGCGCGCCGCAGCUCAGAGAGCUCGACCAGCAGCGAACAGAGCGACGAAGAGGACAACUCCAGUGGGGACGAGAGGCUCAAGAAGAAGCUGCAGCACCAGAAGGGAAAGGAAAAGGAGGCGGCGGCCCUUAAGGAAAAGGAGAAGGGCAGGGAAAGGGAGAAAGAAAAGGACAAGCGGCGUGCGGACAAAAAACCCAAGCGAGGCGUCACAUCCAGUGGGGAUGAGGAGUCGACGAGCAGCCGCAAGCGCAGUCACAAGAAGUCGCGAAGGGUCGAGGACGUGGAGGCUGGCAACGGCAAUAGCGAUUCCGAGGACGAGCAUGUGCCCAAGAAGAAGCGCAAGAAGGCCAAGAAGGUGGUGGAAUCGAGCGACAGCGAUUCUGACGCCUCCUCCAAGCGCAAGAAGCAUAAGAAACACAAGAAGCAUAGUAAGAAGAGCAAGAAACACAAGAAGCACAAGCGGAAGAGCAGUGCUGGCAAAUCGCGGGCGGACAGCAGUUCCCAAGGCAGCAGCGACGAGGAGGAGCAUCCAUCGUCAGGUGCUGCAAAGCGAAAUGGAAACACAGGCAAAAUGCCGCUGCUGCUGCCUGGUGGCUCCGGACCCGGAAUCAUCAACGAGGACCUCGAGAAGCAGCUGCGGGAACGGGCCCUCAAAUCAAUGAAGAAGCUGGACUGAACGACGACAGACUAUGUGCGAGAAUGAUUGCCCCCAGAAUCCACUCUCAAAUCCACUGACCCCCAAAACUCAUUUCCUCAUCGUGAAUCGCUCGCCCUCACAGACAGACGUACGUAGCCAUUAAAAUAGAAAUUUAACUUUAAACCAACUAUACAUUCAUUAACUGCAUACAUUGUAUUUCUUAAAAUGUAUUUCACAUACCGUUAAGUUCUUUCGCCUAAACAAAAAAAAACAGUAGCGACUAAAAUUAGCGAGCCAACAUUAAGCAAAUGAAUACACUUUGUAUUAUGUACAAAAACGAUUAACUGAAUUAUCCAUAUAACUAUUUAGCCCCAUGUGGUUUUAAAAGCAUAAAUUCCCAUAUAAAAAGAUUUAAAAAACACAAAAACAAAGUAAAAAUACACAUUAACAUGCGUAAAUCAGUUGGGCAAAUUGUAUUGUUGCCGCAGUUUAAUUUAUAAGUAGGUUUUACAGAAUGUAAUUAAUAAUGCCUAAUGCGCGAAUUGUGUGUUUGAGGGGCAUUAACUAAAUGAGAAAAUAAACACGAUUGUAAAAUUA